CUCCCUGUAUUCUGGACAACUAAACACCCACUACUACAAUUGACUACAACAUACAGUAUGUCAACAACAACAACAACAUCGUCAUCAUUGUACCAGGUCGUAGCAGACCUCGACAACUUCCCCUACCCUACCGCCAACGAUGACGACAACCCCAUCCUGCAAAACUACCACGCCUUCCGGAUCACGGGCAUCCCCCAAACCCUAGGCUACAUCCCCAACGAGCUAAUAACCACCUUCCCCUGGCCAGCAGACACCUGGGCCAUCAAUACCACUCCCACCAACAAAACAAUCACCCUCCUCACAUCUCCCACCGCAACCGCCUCCACCCGCACCGCCAUCCUCCUCCCCACUCUCCAGCAACUCGCCUCUCACGGCAUCCUUCGCGGCUGGCGCAACGAGACCUUCCCCCUCUAUGGUCCAGACGGGACCAUCAUCCUGGAAAUAGAACGCGCCGCAAGCGCCCUCUUCGGCAUAGUAACCUACGGCGUGCAAAUGCUCUGCUACACCGAUGACAAAGUCUCCAACACACCGCAUCUCUGGAUCGCCAAACGCUCCUCCCUUAAACCGACCUACCCCGGCAUGUUAGACACCACUGCCGCGGGGGGACUAAGUACAGGGUUACCACCGAGGGAGGCCAUCAUGCGGGAAGCGAGCGAGGAGGCGGAGAUCCAGGAAGAGUUGAUGCGGAAGGGUAUGAGGUUUGUGGAUCGGAUUUCGUAUUUCCAUGUUAAGAAGGAGAGUGUUGGGGGGAUAGGGAUGGUGGAGCUGUUGCAGCCCGAGGUGGAAUAUUUGUAUGAGUUGAGGUUGGGGAAGGAGGUGGUUCCAAGUCCGGCAGAUAGUGAAGUGGAGGAUUUUAGGCUGUGCGGGGUAAAGGAGGUGAAGAAGGCGCUAGGGGAGGGGAGGUUUAAGCCGAAUAGUGCGGUGGUGGUGGUGGAUUUCUUGUUGAGGAGGGGGUUGUUAGAUGGUAAUGAUGAGGAUGAGAGAAUUCGGGUGAGGUUGCAUAGGGAGUUGCCUUUACCAGUGGUGGAUCAUGAGGGGGGAAGAGUAUAGUAGUUCGUAUAUUAGUAUUGAAGAUAUGAUUAUG